AUGACUAGAAAGCGGUCUAAUCUAUCACAAUCGUCAAAAGUUUCUCGAAGGAGAAGGCUUGCUCGAUCCCUUGAAACCGCUGAUGAGCGUGAGGCCAGGUUGGCUGCUGCCCGAGAAAGAAUUGCAGAGGCUCGAAGCGGUGAAUGUAGUACGGCGCGCCAGUCGCGAUUAGAUACCAUGCGCACGCAGAAUGCAUUGUCACGGUCUCAGGAAAGUACGGAAGCAUACGAAUUGCGGCUGUUGAAUGAUCGGGAGCGCCACGCCGAGUCCCGCGCGUCGGAGACAUACACGCAGCGAGAAACGAGGUUGAGUUCGCAGCGCACCCGUACUGAUGCCGCUCGAUCCUGUGAGAGUGCUGAGGCUCGAGAAGCCCGAUUAGAGAGCGAUCGUGAGCGUCACAUUGAAUCUCGCGCUUCAGAGACAUACACGCAGCGUGAAACGAGGUUGAGUUCGCAGCGCACCCGUACUGAUGCCGCUCGAUCCUGUGAGAGUGCUGAGGCUCGAGAAGCUAGACUGGAAUGUGACCGGGAACGCCACGCUGAGUCUCGCGCAUCCGAGACGUAUACGCAGAGAGAGGCGAGGUUAGAUUCACAGCGGAGUUAUGCUUCCUUUUCUCGGUCAAUCGAAGAUCACGAAGAGCGAGAGACCCGCUUAAGAAGAGAUCGCUCUCAGCAUGCACUGUCACGUUCGUUGGAGACAAAUGAGCAGCGAGAAGAACGUCGUGCAGCUGCUCGGCAGCGGUACUACGAAACCCGUGGCGAAGCGUCUGCUCAUCUAUCCCAAGAACGAGUCAGGAUUCAAGAGUUUCGGGGAACUUGGUCGGACGAACAGCGUGCCGCACAAGUCGAACAAGAGCGCCUGCGUCGUAAUGUAACGCAACUCCCAUCAUCUGAUGACGAAUCCACAGAUUACGAUUUUGAACAACAGCCGUGGCUAAAUAAAGAGGGAAGUGGAUUUACGUACAAUGUUGCGAUAAACUACGCCGCCCAUGGACAUAUUGGCGCCUUAGACGUAGUGUGUGCUCACUGCCAAGCCCGCAAAUGGAAAGGGGAGCCUAAUGGUAUGUGUUGUGCAUCUGGCAAGGUACGCUUGGAGUCCAUGCAAGACCCGCCAGACCUGUUAAGAGUCCUACUGAAUGGGGAGCAUGCCAAGUCCAGCCAUUUUUUGAAAAACAUUCGUGCUUAUAACAGCGCAUUUCAAAUGACUUCUUUCGGCGCAAAUCAAAUCGUUGAAACAGGCUUCAUGCCAACAUUCAAGGUACAGGGGCAGGUUUACCACCAAAUUGGUUCGCUGCUACCGACUGAUGUGCCAAAAUUUUUACAGGUAUAUUUUAUUAGCGAUUUUGAUGAACAAGCUAACAUUAGAAGCAGAUACAUUCCCAUCUUAGAUUCUGGCCUUAUCAGGGGGUUGCAAAGUAUGUUGCAUAAUGUAAAUCCACACAUUAAUAACUUCAAAGCCGCCUUGGCGUCGGUGCCUGAGAACGAGCGCAAUCGCUAUAAGUUCGUCAUCAGCGCAGAUAGAAGACCGAUCGCAGCCCAUCCAGGGCGGUAUAAUGCUCCAAUGACGAAUGAAGUAGCCGUUCUCUUAGUUGAUCAGGAGUGUGAUAAAAGAGAUAUCGUUUUGCGCACGCAUGAUGACCGGCUUCAAAGGAUCAGCGAGACCCACCGCGCGUACGAUUCUCUCCAGUAUCCUCUCAUGUUCUGUCGCGGAGAGGAUGGCUACCAUUUCGCCCACUAUAAUGUCGACCCCCAGACAGGCUCGCCAAAUUACAACAAGAAAACGUCUGCCAUGCAGUUCUACAGCUUUUUAAUCCAACUUAGGGUAAACAAUGGCUCUUAUCUCCAUCAUUACCGUACGCUCUUCAGUCAAUUUCUGGUUGAUAUGUAUGCAAAAAUUGAGACAGAGCGUUUGGUAUUUAUAAGGACCAACCAAAGAAAGUUGAGAGCUGAGGACUACGUCCAUCUCAGGGAUGCCAUGCAAAAUGAUGCGAAUGCUCAAGAUGUUGGAAGGAUGGUCAUUCUCCCCUCCACUUUCACAGGAGGUCCGCGGUACAUGCACGAAAGGACGCAAGAUGCGUUCUGUUACGUGCGUAAGUUUGGUCGCCCGGACCUCUUCAUCACCAUCACCACAAACCCUAAAUGGUCGGAAAUCACAUCCGAACUCUUUGCAGGACAGGCGUCGUACGACAGACAUGACUUGGUCUCUCGUGUUUUCCAUCUAAAGUUGAAGUGCCUCAUGGAUCUUCUCACUAAGUCAAAAGUGUUUGGUGCAGUCCGUUGUUUUAUGUAUUCAGUGGAAUGGCAAAAACGCGGCUUGCCACAUGCGCACCUGCUUUUGUGGCUGGAAGAGAAGAUCAGGCCCAACCAGAUUGACCAAGUCAUAAGCGCUGAGCUCCCGGAUCCUGACAUCGAUCCUGUUCUGCAUCAGGUUGUGAAAACUCACAUGGUUCAUGGCCCCUGUGGCAGACUAAAUCCAAAUUCCCCGUGCAUGAAAGAUGGACGAUGCACGAAAAGGUUCCCGAAAAAAUUUUCCAGCGAGACAGUGACUGGUGAGGAUGGGUAUCCAUCAUACCGUCGCCGGUCACCAGCUGAGGGUGGGCAUUCUACUGAGCUGAGCGUGCGUGGUCAGGCGCAGCCGGUCGAUAAUAGAUGGAUUGUUCCAUACUCACCGGUACUGUCCAGGACCUUCCAGACGCACAUAAACGUCGAGUCGUGCACGAGCGUCGAGUCGAUUAAAUACAUCUGCAAAUACGUCAACAAAGGGAGCGACCAGGCGACGUUUGCUUUGCAGAGCACUGAUCGGGAUGAAGUGACCAAGUACCAGUCUGGUCGCUACAUCAGCACAUCCGAGGCGGUUUGGCGAAUACUGGCGUUCUCUAUACAUGACAGGCAUCCUACUGUCAUGCAUUUAGAUGUCCACCUAGAGAACGGCCAGCGCAUAUAUUUUGAUCCAGACAACGUGGCUGAGCGCUUAGAAAAUCCGCGUCAAACCACUCUCCUGGCGUUUUUCAGGCUCUGUGAAGUAGACCUGUUUGCGAGAUCCCUUACUUAUGACGAGGUGCCGUCGUAUUAUACGUACGAUAAGCAAAGGGGUGUAUUUAACCGACGUCGACGUGGACGUGCUGUGGAAGGUUUUUCGGGAAUCUUUAAGGACUCUGCAUUGGGGAGAGUCUACACCGUGCACCCGAAUAAUGGCGAGUGCUAUUAUCUGCGGUUGUUGCUCCACACGGUCCGAGGCCCAACGUCUUUUGUUUUCCUGAGGACAGUUGAUGGAGUGGAGUAUCCCACAUACCGCGCAGCCUGCGUAGCACGACACCUUCUUGACGGUGACCAAAAUUGGGAUGACACCCUCGCGGAGGCGAGCGUCAGUGAUAGUCCCAGUCGCUUGCGUCAUCUGUUUGCCGUGAUUUUGGUGUUCUGUGGAGUCGCAAAUCCGAUGGCGUUAUGGGAUAAGUACCGCCAUUGUCUGUCCGAAGAUUUUCUAAGAACUUUGAGGCGUGCUACUGAAGACGAAGUCGAAGCGACUGAUGUACGCGUGCUGAACAACUGUCUCAGUUCCCUUCAAAACGUGGUCAUUUCUAUCGGCGGCAGUCCACUGGCCACAUACGGUUUACCAUCCCCCCAGUCACAACACCAAGACCGUGGAAAUCGGGAAUAUACCGCCGAGACAAAUUACGACCCGGGCGUAAUGGCUGCCAUACGAGAUGACCACGUCGCUUCGUUCUCUUCAGAACAAAAACAUAUUUACGACACAGUCUUAGAAAGCGUUGGGCUCAACCAGGGUAAGAUGUUUUUCUUGGAUGCUCCUGGUGGAACAGGAAAAACCUUCGUUACUACUGGCAUUCUUGCUGAGGUCAGGAGGCAAGGCAAAAUUGCCAUUGCUGUAGCGUCGUCGGGAAUCGCUGCCACACUGCUUCCUGGUGGCAAAACAGCACAUGCCAUGUUCAAGAUCCCCAUCGAUUUAGAGAGCAUCGAAACGCCUGUGUGUGGUGUGUCACGGGACAGCGAUAAGGGACAUGUGCUCAUGGAUUGCUCUCUUAUCGUGUGGGAUGAGUGUACCAUGGCUAACAGAAAGGCAGUUGAGGCCGUGGACAGAACCUUGCAGGAUAUCCGCAGGAAUGAACACUUGAUGGGUGGUGUCACAGUUCUGUUCAGUGGCGAUUUCCGACAAACGCUUCCCGUGGUGACGCGAGGAUCUAGGGCUGAUGAGGUGAAUGCUUCGUUGAAACGGUCAUCGUUAUGGUCGCGAGUCCAGACGUUGCACUUGACCAUCAAUAUGAGAGCUCAGCUCGGCGGCAAUGCACGUGCCCAAGAAUUCUCCGACGUACUUCUAAGUCUCGGCGAAGGCACUCUACCAGAAGGGAGAGGAGGGCAGGUGGUGCUGCCAGAGUCUCUUGGUAGAGUAGUAUCCAGCUUAGAAGAACUCAUUCGCUGUGUGUACGGGGACAUCAGUCGAAUACCGCACCAACAGAAUUCUUGGGUGUGCGAACGGGCCAUUUUGACGCCUAAAAAUGAUCAAGCUGCAGUAAUCAACGAAAGCAUUCUCUCGGAAAUUGAGGGGAAUGAGGUGGUCUAUACCUCUAUAAAUACUGUAGUAGAGCAAGAUGACACCACACACUAUCCUGUGGAGUUUUUGAACUCCCUUACAGCAAGUGGACUUCCAGCGCACACCAUCAAGCUGAAGGUCGGCGUCCCGAUUAUGCUUCUUCGGAAUCUAUCUCCUCCGAAGUUGUGUAACGGGACCCGCCUUAAAGUCAUCUCACUGCACAGAAACAUCAUUGAGGCAGAAAUUCUGACAGGUUGUGGUGUCGGCGAGGCAGUGUUUAUACCACGCAUUCCCCUCAUACCUCAUAACUACCCGUUCCAAUUCAAGCGCGUACAGUUCCCUGUGAGUGUUUGCUUCGCAAUGACCAUUAACAAGUCUCAGGGGCAGACACUGAAGGCUGCGGGUGUCGACCUGAGGACGAGCUGCUUCUCACACGGACAGCUGUACGUCGCUUGCUCUCGCGUCACCAGUCCUGACUCUCUCUAUAUUUUAGUUCCUGGAAAUACAACAACAAACGUGGUGUACAGAGAAAUUUUAUAA